AUGCCACGAAUAAGAAAGCACACAGACGCGCUGCCGUUCAGCUUGCCGUUGAAGUGUAUCCUCGAAACCGCCCCCAAGAACGGCGGGGUCCCAUACCUGUCAUCCAAUAUCUCGAUUCAGAAGGUAGGAAACGAAGUGGUAAGUGUGUACAACUCGAUGCUGACUCCCAACUUACGUCCGCCGUCCAAUGAGCACUGCCGGGGACGAUCUCCCUUCCCGGCCGCCUUGCGCAAGUGUCCGGCUGAGACACUUUUGGAAUACCAAACGGGACUCAAAGUCAGGAAUCAAGAGAGCAGGAUGCCUGCUGAAUGUGAGGGUGUCGUCAUCUUACGGGGCUUCACAUAG